AUGCCACCGGCAAGCACGCCGCCCACUAUAUCCAUCGUCGACUUAGACGUCUACAACACAGAUUUCUUGAGAUCCCAGCCGUUUAUAUGGCGCUCCCAGCUGUUCGGCCACCGCUUCGCCACCGCCUACGUUAUGGUUUCCGAUUUCGCAACAAGAAAGAAGAAAGAGACGAAUUAUGAAGAGCGAAUAAAGACGUACUGCGACCUGCUGUACGGAGAAAUGCUGCUGUACGAAGGAUCGGCGCCCACAAAGCCGGUUCACACCAUCGCUGGCUAUGCCAAGUUUCGCGCUGGGCUCGUAAUCUCAAUGAGCGGUCAUAACGUCGCGGAGGACCUUCGAAACCACUUCAUUAUCUCUCCCCGCCGCAUCGUCACGGGGGAGCCAGCCUUCACGGAGAUGGUGCCGUUGGGAAAGAUUCGGUGGUGGCUUCUUACGAGGUUCAACUGGCAGCUCACGAUCGACAGUAUACAGGCAGCCGCAGAUCGGCGACGGUUAUGGGCGCAGUGGUUGAGUGCUGAGGAGCAGGACAACCAGCUAUUAGCCGAGAUGGUGGACAAGUUCACGAAGCCUGGGAGCCGCACAGGUGCUCGAUCUCUCAGCGAGAGAAGUGCACUGAACCCAAAGACCCCUGUAUCUGAGCGCUCUGAUUCGGCAGAGUGGGAGGAAGAUCGUGAAGACGAUUCGGAGACCGACAGCCGCCCUUCCCUAGAGGGCUCACCGUCUACGAACGCUCCACGCGCGAGCGUUCCACAUGCGAGCCAGCCCGAAUCACUUUUUGAAAACGAGGAAGCUCAUCUUCGUAGCGUAUUCUCUUCCGUUCGGCUUAAUUCCUCGCCGGGUUUGGGCGAGAAAGCAAAGCGCGGGAAACGCAUUUCACACCUGAUCGACAACCUCGUCGAGAUGGUUCAUGAUCGUCUAGAAUCGGCGUUUCAGAGGGAAUGGGUCAAUGCGGAAGUAUGCUCCGGUGAAGACCUAUGGCAGAGUGCAAGUUUGUCAGGAUUAUCCGCCCACUCAGAGAUCGUAGCUCUCGAGCAACGCCUCGCCGCGGUAAAGGCAGAAACAAGGCGAGUUGUGCUCUCGUUCACCGAAUCAAGGGAUCCACAGUCCAAUCUAUCCACUUCGUCUGGUAGUCUCUCAGGAAGAGAUGAUGUAAACCCCAAGACAGCCACAGAGACUGCGAAAUCCUUGCCGCGCUCUUCAUCGCCGCCCCCCUCAAUGGCCAACCGUGCAGAGACCGCGAACCUAUCAUUUCCCUUGACAUUACUGCAAACUGCGAGGCCGCCAGCUACGAGACGUUCAAGCUCGGAGUUGAACGAGACACAACACGCGCUGGCCAACCCUCUUGAGGUCUUGGCGGUGCGCGAUCCAUCGGCGGAUAGGUCGGGCCCGCCUUUGCAGCUGUCCCCGGACUUGGCGGCUCAGGCCGCGGAGGAACCUGGCGGUCGCCGGUGUGUAGAGGAAUUCCCCAACUCCGCCCUAGUUGAGAGCGCGCCGCCCGGAACGUUCUCUGAACCGCAGUCGGUAACACUCGCGAAUGUUCGGCGUUCCCCUUCAUCGACGCCAGCACUUCACAUGCGCCCGAUUCCAGAGUGCGCCGAUCCCCACCGGCAAAGCCCCACCCCCACCGACGCGUCCAACAGCUUUAACCCGAUCUCAGACGGAAACAUACGCGCAUCUUCGUACGGGGACGUUGCUUAUGAUGGAGAGAAGUUACGGCCCCUGCAGGCAAUAAAGACGGCGGACGCAGAAGUCAAACCGACCGUCUCCACGGGCGACGAUACCUCCGUUGCUGGACAGGGUUUUGUCCCUCCCGAAGACCCAGGAGAGACGUCCAUGGACCAACUACUGGACGGCUGGUCGAGGUAUCUGCAGAGCACUUCACAAGACCACCCCUUAGACCCCUUGUCAAUGAACUUCGUUGUUCCUACAAGUUCAUCUUCGGCGCAUGCCUGGCCCCGAUCCCCCGAACUCUAUCCCGGCCGCGCGCAGGAUACUCUAGGAGCGGCUGAGGCAUCCGCGACCUCUCUUCAUGAUUGGCGGCUGGCUCCAGACCUUACGAUGGCCGACCUACAUCCUUUUGAACUUCCCUUUGCACACGGCACGAUUCCCUCAUCCACUCCGGAAAUGCCCGCGGGGCACGAGCCCGUCGCCGCCGGCAUUGUUAGGGAAAGCGGACCUUCGGGGGACCACGCCGCCCUCGAGGCGACAGGGGGCGGCCCGCCGCCGGACGCCUCGGCGGGCACUGGGUCGUGGCGGACGCUUGAUAUCACUCAAUCAGAAUGGACGCCGGACGAUGGUCAUCAGAUUGCUCAUCUGACGUCCACAGCAACGAACCGCGCGUUCCAGCAGCCUGCCGCGAUCGUCGAGACGACGCAGUCCGAAUACCCGCACGCCUUUCAGUCCUGGCCGAACGUCAGCACUCAGGAGCACGGCCGCUGUUCGCUAGAGGAGGACGCUAUGUCGCCGCUGACAGUGGCCAGCGACGAAGCCGCAAUUGAGUCGGACUCAGACGCGCCGAGACGCGCCGGGGUGGAACCAGAAGACGCACGCCGCGGCGAAGGGACCGCGUUGGAGAAGACGCCGCCGUUGACUUCCGCAGAGAUGCCCACAAGCGCCCCGUCACUUCCAUCGCACUUGCCGAAGGUUUCCACAAAUCCAUCCGCCGACCGCCGCCAGGCGGAUCGGAAGCGAUUCUCGUCGUCGGACGAGGUACAUGCGGAGAGAGAUGGACGUGCGCUCAGCCCUAUCGUAGAAGAACCAAUCAGUGCCGACGCACCUCGUACAAAGCGUGCGCGCCAGGAAUCUACUUGUGCGCCGUUUGCAGCAAGCGUCUUGAGGAGCGGGACCGACAGCGAACCCGGCCUCGAACCGACGCCGCCUGCCACAGAGAAGGGCAAAGCCCAGCCGCCCCUGUCGGGACCUCUCACGGCGCUUCCAGGAACUGGCCAGGAGCCACGAGCUUCGUCCCGCAAGCCGUCAGCCAAAGCGCCACCUUCCAAACGUUCUGCGACACGCUCUCGAGGCCGCCACGAACAAGUCCCCUCUCAGUCAAACCCGUCGCAGUCGGCACGCCAUGCUCCAGCGCGCCUAACACGCGAAGUCAUCCGGACCCGGAAGGUCUCAAAUACAGGCCAGUCACGGAUUCUGGGCGGUGGUGAAAACGUUUGUAUAGAAUAUCGAUAG